AUGGGCAAUUCGUGUUAUUGUCAAUAACCAGAACUAGAGCUCCAUCAUUAAGAAAUUAUUUCACAAAUCUCUAAAGAUAGACAAAAAUCUAUUGACAAUGAUGAUAUCUUCAGUGACUUAGUUUAAUAGCAUUCUUCGAUGUAUCAAUAUCAAGAAGGCAUUAUGCUUACAUUAACUAAACCAUUAUCUCCUAGAUCUUAACAUUAAAUAAUAUUUUUAGAACCCAAGGAUGUUUUAGAUGAGGGGAUUAAUUACCAACCAACUAGUUUAUAAGGAAUUUUGAGUUCAAGAAGUAAUCAGCAAGAACUUCCAUAAAGUUCAAGAAGUAAUCUACAAGAACUUCCAUAACAAUCUCCAGAAAUUGAAACCAAUGGAAAAGAGAGAAUCAAAAAGAAAGUAAAUUUUUUAAAGUGA